AUGUCGUGUAGUCUGAAUGUUGUGAAAAAGGCACUCAUAUAUCCCCUUCUGAUUCGGGAAGGAAAACCAACACCACUUUUCACUUUUGUGCUAGCGCUUCUGUUCUGUGUUUACAAUGGAUACUUGCAAGGCCGAAGCUUAAGCAACUAUGCAAAAUACCCUUCAGAAUGGUUAAAAGGUCCAUGCUUCAUUACAGGUUUUACAGGGUGGUUUAUUGGUAUGGCAAUCAAUAUUCAUUCUGAUCAUAUUCUUAGAAAUCUGAGAAAACCAGGGGAAACGGGUUACAAGAUACCAAGAGGAGGAAUGUUUGAGUAUGUCAGUGGAGCCAACUUUUUUGGAGAGAUCCUGGAAUGGUUUGGGUUUGCCCUUGCCUGCUGCACCAUUGAAAGCCUCGCAUUUGCAUUGUGUACACUUUUCAUCUUGGGUUCAAGGGCAAAACAACACCACCAAUGGUACCUUGAGAAAUUUGAAGACUACCCAAAGUGCAGAAAAAUUGUGAUCCCGUUUGUGUACUGAGCUGUGCUUUUAACACUGUUUUGAAAUGGAUACUUUUGGUAACAGACAAUGCUUUACAGGUAUUGGCCAGUUAAAAACAUACUCUGAUCAUCAUGGUGACAAAGCCUUUGCAUCAGUGCUGCUAUUAGUUACUGCUUUUUCUCCUAAUGAAAACCCAGAAUCUGAUGGACAUGGUGAACAGGAACAGAAAUGCUUUUCCAACAGCAGAGCACCAUCAUAAAUUACAGUAGGCAAGGUGUCUGAAUUCACAUCAUGGAAAGUACUGUGCAGGACUUCUGGUGCUUCCUUCUCUGACGGUUGUGGUUUAACCCCAGCCGGCAACUAAGCGCCACACGGCUGCUCACUCACAGAAGGAAGGGAGAGAAACUGGCAGUCCUGCAGUGAUGAUAACUUGCCUACAACUAAACCACUGGACUGCCAGUUGCUCCUCAUCAUGGUGACUGGGAUGACCAAU